GCGAGCAGCGCUCGUAGCUAGCAACCUUACCGGAUUACACCAUCAGCAAAGGUGGGGUUCGUCAUGCCGGCUGCAUUCAUUUAGUCCACCUACAUAGAAGAAGAAAUAGUGCAACCGCAGCAGCCGUCGAAGCCAACUAAUCGUGAUUGAAUGGCUGCAAUCCAGCCACAUUUCUUCAUCUGUGCCCGCGUUCCACACUAAAAGAACUCAUGAUUGGUUCAUUCUGGAAUCUGUGCAGAGCGUGCCCUUCAAUGCCAGUGGACAAAUUGCAUUCAGAAUAUAGGAGCACGUACAGAUGGCAUGAAUACACGGGUCCACGUCAGGAGGUGGUGCGUCGCGCUCCACAAGGUGGCCAUGCAAACGCCGUGGCACCCUCCGACGAGAAGCGGCACGAUUUCGGUAACGCCACCCGGAUUGAUGAAGAGUCCACCGAAAUGCCAACGUUGGAGCCGGCACUUCCUAGGCGCAAGAAACAUCCGGAUCUAGCGUACCGCCACCAUGAGUUCAUCCUGUCCGACGGGAACAAUUUCGCCGAUGACUUUGAACCCUACGUCGACAGAGCUAGGUCCGAGGAGCGAGGAGUCUCGAAUUGGAGACCCUCUCGACGCAGCAAGUCGGAAGGGCCCGCGCGUUCCAACGCCUUGACGAACGGAGAACGACGUCGGGACUCAAAUCCAGACAUUCCAGACGCGGAAGACACGGGUCGCGAUUCGGGACUGUUAAAGAAAGCAAUUUCUAAAAUCAGUACCGAAUACCGACUACAGUUUGCCUGGCCUCAGGGACACACGUCGCGACGGGAUGCUGUUGACUCGGCGCCGAGAAAGUCCCAGUCGAUGGGCGCCCUGAAGCCCGCCGCCAACGCCAUGAUCCACAGGAAGAGGGCCGAGCACGAAGCCAAGGAUGGCACAGCCAGCGAGCUGGAGCCUCUGGUGAACGACUCUACCAUCAAGGAGGAGGAGGUGUGCAACAGCAAGAGCGACACCGAGUACAAUAAGGAGUACAGGCCGUUCACCUAUUACGAUGGGGACGGUAGGGCCGACAAGCAGAACAUCCACCAGGAACCCGGAAAGCGUCACUUACAGAACGGCACUAACAAAAACGAGUGGUACAAGGAGGUAGUCGAGCUGAGGAAAAAGGCGGGCGAGUAUAAGCAUCGUGGAUGGGGAAGCAAAUUUGGCCCGGAGAAAGCGACCGACAUCUACAACAAGCAGGUUGAGCUCUGGGAUCAGGUUUCUCGUCGUAGCUCCUUGUCGGCCCUAUCUCUCGCAUCAACUGCUCACAGGUCGUACACCAAAGAAGAAAAAGAUCAGGAAAACACCAAGAAAAGUUCUCCAACCAAAGCUCUGCGUAACACAGAAAACUCGGUGAAGAUCAUGAAGGAUAUGAUCAGACAUCAUCUUGAGAGAACUACUGGUGGUUCGGAAUUCGAUGGUUUAAUACUAUCGCCCACUAGAGAGAAGUUGGAGCCGACUAUUCCAAAACGCGACGACGAUUCUAGGGGCUCUCAGAAGAAUAGUCCUAAGAAGAACUCGCCGCAAAAGUCGGCCCUGCAAAAGAAAAAUUCACUUAAAGCCAAGAGCGCAUUACGCACAGCGAGAUCUCAGUCUGUUGGUCCCACUGAUAUGGGAACCGAGAAAAAGUCUCCAAAGCGACAAUCGCGCUCCACGGCUGCAAAAGCUGAAAAGAAGACGUCUGCUCCUCCAGUCGUCGAAAAAACAGUUCCUGUUUCCAAGAGACCGCGCCCUUCAUCCCUCAACACCACCACUGCCUCAUCCCGAUCUAAAAGUAGUUCAGUCCCCCCUAAACACGAGGAAGAUCGAAUGCAUACCAAAUCAAAGCCUAACAAUAGUACCGAACCAAAUGACCAGAAGAAGGCAUCCACAGCAUCUGAAGUGGCGAAGGUCGAGAAAGUUGCACCGGAAGUAACAGAGCCGGAGCCAAUUCACUUGGAACCAGUCGUUAAGUCCCCACCGGAGCCGACGCGAGUCAAAUCUCCGGAGCAGAUCAUCAUGCGAUCUCCAGAUCCUGUUAAUUGGACGGUACCAUUGGAUACCGGCAAAACGUUCACCGUCACCCAGAACGUUCGCGAAGGGGACUUGGCCGCAAGACCCCACAGCGAAGUUAAGGCCUGGACUCCGCCUGAUGUUCCGCUACCAAUUGCACAAAGUGCUCCGCCGCAGCUGUCGGAGCCGUGCAAAGAUCAAGCUAGGAGACAACAGGACAAUAACUGGAGUAAUACGACCGCCAAUAUUACUGCCUAUCCUCCCACUAUAGAUCCCAUCCUAACUGUGCAAAAUAUGACCGAAUCAUCAACGUUACAGUACGGCACAACCGGACUGGAAGGUUGUCACCUUCUGAAUGAAGUUGCUACUGCCACUAGUCUUCGCCAAAAGAACGAACCGCUCGAAACUGAGACGCCCGUUCAAUCAUUAGCUGCUGAUGUCCUAAAAAAGGCACGGAAUAGAUUUGAUAGUUUCUGGAGAAAGAAUUCCAAUGAAGAGCCAGUCUAAGGACUAAUCCUAAACCAAAAAAUAAUAAUAUCUUUAUUAAAAUCAUUAUUCCGUAAAUAUUUAUAUGAUAUAGAAAAGUCGCGCCGUGCCCGUAGGUAUACAGGGUUGAAGUAUGCCAUACAUUUAUAUAUGUAUAUUCAUGUAAACCAAUAUACAUAUAUAUUUACAAUUAUACUUAUAUACGUUAACAUUAUAUAUGAUGAUAGAACCGGUAAUGAGAAGCAUCGUAUGUCAGCUAUCGCGGCUCAUAUAUAUUUUGUUAAAAUAUAAUAAUUUACGUUUUGAAAGCGUGAAAAGAUAUGAAAAUCCAAAUUUAAAGGACAAAAAAAAUGAAGAAGAAGAACAAAUAAUAUAUACACAUAUAUUAUAAUGUAACUAGAUCUGGCCAUGUUGUAUCCGUUUCCAUGUAUUUUUUAAGCUAGCCCAGCCAUACUACUAAAAUGCUUAUGUUAAAUGCCAUCCAUGUAAGUAGUAAGAUCGUAAUUGAAGAAACAUAACAUUACUAUAAUCCGUCAAGCUGAGAAACCAAAGCAAAGAAAUGAAGAGAAAAAGAAAACUGAAGAGAAAUUAUUGUAAGAAAUAGUGCGCCUCAUCGUCACAAGUCCGAUCCGAAUCCAACACUCCGCUCCACCUACAACAUAUCUAUAAUAAGCCCGAUCUGGCCGACUAGCAAAGCUACUGGAACUGCACUUCUGACUGGAGUCAUAAUAUCUAUUUACUAAACUUUAUAUACAUAUAUACAUAUAUUUUGUGUAGUUGCGUUUGCUUGCAAACCUAUUGUUACUUUAGUUGACAUCGAAUGCACCUAAAUAUUAUUAUGAUCAGUCUUG